AUGCUUCUUGACAUGCUCAAAUUAUUAGUGUCACUCAUUGUCAUCGUUCAUGUCAUCUGUGUGACAUCAUUUUCAUUACUUUCUCAAGCACCUCUUGAUGAACAGAAACGUGAAAAUUUGUGGCGUCGUCGUGCAAUUGCUAAGCUAUGGGAAGAAAGGAGACACAUGGGAAGGACACCAAUGUUUAAAUUUACAAGUCCAGGCUAUGAGAAUGUUGAUUUUGUGUUCAAGAAUGAGUCAGCAUCAAGGACAGGUAGUUUAAAGCAUCGUUAUUCCUGGGCAUUAAUAAUGUGGGCUAUUGUUGAUGGUAAAAUUGGCGAGAAUACGACUGUUUAUGAGGCAAGUUCCGGGAAUACAGCAGCAAGUGAAGCAUAUAUGUGUCGCUUAAUUGGAGUAAAAUUCAUCGCUAUCGUACCAAAUUCAAUCGAACAAGUAAAAGUUGAACAUAUUCAAUCGUAUGGUGGCGAUAUAAUUAAGACAGAUUUAGGUGAUCGAUUAAUUAGAGCUAAACAAGAAGCCAUAAGAAACAAUGGCUUUUUCAUGAAUCAGUUUGCUAAUUCGGAUAAGGCUGAGGAAUAUCAUGAAAGUGGUAAUUAUCCAUUGGAAAGUGUUAAUUUGAUGCAUGAAGUGUUGGCUCAAAUACGAGAGGACCUGAACCAAACGAUCGAAGAGCCAAAUUAUUUUGUUCAUUCUGCUGGGACUGGUGGGACAAUAUCAUCCAUUGGACGAUAUGUUAAAAAAUACGGUCUGAGAACAGAAGUUGUACUCGCUGAUACACAAUUUUCGGUGUAUUAUGAUUAUGUUAUGAAUGGACGAUUUACAAAUGAAAGCGGUAGAGAUGUCUGGGUGAUACCUGGGAUGGCAGGUAUCGGAUUCGGUGUUAUGGGACCGGUGAAACAUGGUGUCACAUCGAGUUUAUUGCGGGCGGUAAUUGACAGAGCCAUUAAAAUUCCUGAUAUUGCAUCGACCGCAGCAAUGGCAGUUCUGAAACGAUUAGGCAUAAACGGUGGUACCAGCACUGGGGCUAAUUUCAUAGCAGCACUACAUCUGGCUGCAACACAUGACAAAGCUUCACUCUUUAACAAUAACAGUCAACGAUUAAUAAUUGCCACAAUAUUGGGUGACACUGGUGAUUACUACGAGUCAUCGUACUACAACAGAACAUGGAUCAGUGAAAAUUUCAACGUUCACGGUGGACUGGCAGUGUAUGACUGUUGGAUUAAGGAAAUUGAGGAGGCAUUUAAAUUUGGAUCAGAUCCACUGAUUUCCGGACAUGAACGAUGUGAUCAAGCUAAUGCGGUUAACAUGAUCGAUUUCCGGAGUCGGCGAACAACAUGUUGCUUGUAA